CUUUCCAGCAAACAAGAGGCGGACCAGACUGUGUCGAAUUAUAAAACGUUUCUUUUCUUUUUUAUUUCUUCUUCUUCUUCUCUUUAACGAUGAUGAUGGCGUGAAAGAAAGAAAGAGAAAAGAGAAGAGAAAUGAUGAUCAGUCAAGCUAGCUGUUUUUGGGAAGAGAGACUAAAGAAUCAGAAGACCAGAGACAAGAUCGUGACAAUGACUAAACUAUAUCCCAAAAAGACUGAAGAAAAGAGAGUUGUGAACUCUGAAGAAGAAGCAUUUGUUGAACCGAUUUCAGCAGAUGUGAGCUUUGCUUCUAAUCAUUUCCCAUCAUACAAGCUAGGACCUGACGAUCAGAUUGUUGAUGAACCUGAGGAAGAUCAAAAAGCUCCAUCUGUGAAAGAUGUAGUUGAUAAGGAGACCGGAGAUUUGUCAGAUCAGCACAAGCAGCUUUCAGUUCGUGACCUCGCUUGCAAAUUCGACAAGAAUCUAGCUGCAGCUUCUAAAUUAGUUGACGAGGCAAAGUUGAAUGAGGUGACUUCUUUGGAAGGACAUGUUAUGCUAAAGAAACUUAGGGAUGCUUUAGAAACCGUGAGAGGUCGAAUGGAUGGGCGUAACAGGGAAGAAGUGGAAAAAGCUAUCUCCAUGGUUGAGGCACUAGCCGUAAAGUUAACUCAGAAUGAAGGUGAGUUAAUACAAGAUAAGUUUGAAGUGAAGAAACUGGCAAGCUUCCUCAAGAAGGCUUCAGAAGAUGCAAAGAAGUUAGUAAACCAAGAAAAGUCAUUUGCUUGUGCUGAAAUAGAUAGUGCACGGGCUCUUGUGAUGAGACUUGGAGGAACAUUUCAAGAACAAGAGCUUUGUUCUAAAGCUUCCCGAGAUCAGGGACCGAAUGUGGAGAAAUUGGUUGAGGAGGUUCAGGAGGCUAGACGAAUCAAACAGAUGCAUAAACCAACCAAGGUUCUCGGUAUGCAACAUGAGCUUUAUGAUUUAAAGAGUCAAAUCCGAGAGAAGUCUGCAUAUUCCGUGAAAAUUCAAAGAGAGAUAGCAAUAAUCAAGAGAGCCGAGGGGUCCAAGUCUUGUCCAUAUGUUCUGGAUGGUGCACAAAGUCUUGGCUCAUGCCUAAGAAUCCGUGCCUCCCCAGACAAUGGUGUAGAUAUUUCCAAAUGUUCAAUCCAGUGGUACCGUGCAGCAUCUGAGUCUAGUCGAAGAGAAGCUAUAUCUGGUGCCAAUUGGUCGGUGUAUGCUCCAGAACCAUUCGAUGUCGGGCGAGUAAUACAAGCAGAUAUUCUUUCAAACGGCCAGAAAUUCACAGUUACAACCGAUGGUCCAAUUAAUACUGCUUCUGGCUUGCAGUCACGCGUUGAAUCACUCCUGCGCAAAUCUAACAGUGAAUUCACUGUGGUUAUAUCACAGAUGAAUGGACAAGACCAUGCAUCAAGAUCCCAUGUAUUUACUGUUGGAAAGGCGAGGAUAAAGCUGUCCCGAGGAUGGAUCACAAAGGCCAGAGAAAUAUAUUCAACAUCCAUGCAGCUCUGUGGAGUGAGAGGCAAUGCUAAUGCUCCUGCAAAGGCAUUGUUCUGGCAACUAAGAAAGGGCUCAACUUUCUUGCUAACUUUCGAGUCAGAGCAAGAACGUAAUGUAGCCAUUGUUCUUGCCCGUAAAUACGCAGAUGAUUGCAAUGUCACUCUGGUUGGACCAGAUGAUUGAUGGAAAAUGAAAGAAUUAACCUUGGUCAACAUCGACUGCUAUGUGUCCGUCCGUGUGGUUGAAAGAAGAAACACAGUGUUGCUGCAUAGUUUUAGGCAGAAAACACAAUUUUGUGUUAUUGGCAUGAUCACUAUGAUUGUGGUGGUUGGCUUUCUUUCUGAUUUGAUUUUUUUGGUUUGUUUGUUUGAUUGGUUUAGUUUUGUUUGGUCCCAGCUUUUUGCCACUUAGAUUUUUUUUUUUUUUUUUUUUUUUGGAGUGUGAUGAGAUUGUUAAUCCAAGAUUUGUUUGUAUGUAAUAACAGAACAGUGUUUCAUUCAGUACUACAAUCUACUUUUCAUUCUUAA